AUGUAUUAUUUGGUGAUUAUGUCUUCAAUUAGUAUUCCGUUUACUAGAAAUAUAUCACGGGUCUUGAUCCGUAGAGGUAGCCAAUCAUUGUUGAAGGGUGUUCUAGUUGGCUCUGUUUUAGUUGCUUCUUACAGCGAGAAGAAGAGAAGAGAGGGUAAAAAGAGUGAGUCUAACUCCGGCAGUGGUAACUCCGGUAACGGUAAUUUUGGUAGGGGUGGUGUCAAACCAUCUUGGGCGUUCUUGGGAGGUCUCUUUGGUACAGCCGAAUACGAGAAAAACACACGUGAGGCUGCCACUGAGGUGAAGCCAUUCGAACAUUACCAGCAGAUUUACAAUGACAUAGCUAAACGUCUCAGAGAAUACGACGAUUGGGACGAUGGUUCGUAUGCUCCUAUUUUGGUUAGAUUAUCAUGGCAUAACUCUGGUUCUUAUGAUCAGCAUGAUCAUAGUCCUGCUAAGGGAGGAUCAUAUUCGGGUACUAUGCGCUUUGACAGAGAACAGCACGACCCGGAGAAUGCUGGCUUGACGUCUGCCACCAAGUUCUUGCAGCCAAUUAGAGAAAAGUAUGCGGAUUUAUCUGAUGGUGACUUGUGGACGCUUGGAGGAGUGGUUGGAAUCCAGGAAAUGGAAGGUCCCAAGAUUGCUUGGAGACCGGGAAGAGUUGACCAGGGAGAAGAUGCAAUUCCACCUUACCACCGACUACCAGAUGCAUCUCAGACCACAGGAGAUUACAUUAGAACCGUUUUCCAUGACAGACUGGGCUUCUCCGAUAGAGAGAUGGUAUGUUUGAUUGGUGUGGGUCACGCUAUUGGACGAUGCCAUACCACCAGCUCUGGCUACGAUGGUCCUUGGACGUUUUCACCUACUACGGUGACCAAUGAGUUUUUUAAGUUGUUGCUAAAUGAAAAAUGGGAGAUCAAAAAGUGGGAUGGAAAGAAACAAUACGUUGAUUCUAAAACCAAGUCCCUUAUGAUGCUUCCUACAGAUAUGGUACUCAAAACUGACGAGAAAUUCCGCAAGUAUGUUGAAGAAUACGCCAAGGACAGUGACAAGUGUAUGAGAGACUUUAGUGCUGUUUUUAGUAAGCUUUUAGAGAGAGGUGUUAAGUUUCCAAGUGCCACCAAGCCUAUGAUUUUCCAGACUUUAGAUGAGCAAGGAAUUGAAGAAUAA